AUGUCCGACAGAGUUACUACCUUUCAUCCCGAAGGCACUCCCAAGUCAGAACGCGACGCUCUGGAGUUGGCCUUCUGCCUCUCAACGCACCACGCCAAAACGAGGCCUCUCAAGAAUGACUACAAAGACUCAAAAGGACACGGCUCCAUCAGCCUGAAGGUCGACGCCGGCUUUCCCAGUCAUGCAAACAGCAGUCAAAAACCCUGUGCUAGUAACCAUCAUAUCUAUGGUCUGAAAGCACGCAAUUGCAUCAAAGCGUGCCCACUCCAACAAUCGCCACAACAGUUGCACGACAUCGUCUACUUACGCGAUGAUCCCUGA